ACAAUCUCUCUAGGACUUUUUCUACCUUCCAACUGGCAGUCCUCACUACCUUCUCCAGUGGAGCAUGGAAAGAGUUAAAAGUCCUUUGAUUGAGUCACUUGGGUGAGAACUAUUAAAUGAAACAAAGAAAACUCCACCAGAGCAGUCCCAGUCAAGAUCGGGUUCGUAAUCAGAUUUUAUUCAAAGAAGAAAAGAAAAAAAAAGAGACUGCGGGUGACAACUUUCUUUUUGUAUCCAGAAGUUUAUAGGACACUCUUCAGUCACCUGCCAAGCCAAUACAGGGGUGAAUUGCCUUGAUUUAAUCUCAUUUUCCACUCACUCUUGGGGUCAGAUUAAGCCCACAGGAAGGUACUGGCUUGGGAAAUUCCUACUGACUCAGACUGCAGACAGAGAUUGUAUUUAAUCAUCGCUUCAUUGCCUGAGCUACAUAGCAGAAGUAAGAAGGACCCUGAAGAGUGAGUUCUGGAGAUCUGGAGUCAAGUGGAAUUUCCCAAGAACAUCUGCAACAGCAGCCCAGCUUCCGACACAGCUUAAGCGCCACUUUCUGCUUGAAGUCUGUAGUCCCCCCUCCCCAAAGGCAAUCGAGGUUAAGUGACUUGCCCAGGAUCACACAGCUAAUCUAGACCUUGGAGGGCCUUUGGAGUACAUCUAAUCCAAAUUCCACAUUUUAUAGAUGGUGGGAGGAGGCAUCUGCAAUGGCUUCCAAACCUCAAGUUUAUUCAGGCAAACAAAUGCCAUUUUAUUAUGAAAAUGAAGUCUGCAGACAAGCCUACUUUAUUAAAUCACCACCUCCUCAGCUUUUCUCCUCACAGACCUCCUGGAAAAGUCGGUAUUUCAUCCUGUCAAAAAAUGAGGAAAAUUGCUAUAGUCUUCACUAUUUUAAAGACCAUCACUGCAGGGGUUCCAUUGAAGUUGAUCAGAUUUCCAAUAUAGAAGUUGGCAUCAGUAACCAUGAGAAAAUGGCAUUAGUCCAAAAGAUGUUUAAAUGCUUACCUGAUGAAGUGAUGUCCAUUAUAACCCCUAAAAGGGCUUACUUUCUCAUUGGCAAAGACUGGAGAACAAUUGAAGACUGGGUCUCCUUCAUAUCAUCAUCCUGCCUGAAUCUGAAAGUCACCCAUCAGAAUAAUCCAAAUCUUGUAAAUCAAAAUGCCAGAAAUGAGGCCAAUGUUGUACAGCCUCUUGACUCCAAAGGAAACCAGAACAUCUAUCAAAUCAUUCCAGGAAUCUGUGAUGAUGUGCAAGAGAUACAUUUCUCAGAAGAAAAAAGACCUGCUUCCUAUUCUGGCCAUUCUUCUGGUUCUCCUGCUUCACCAGAGGGCAAGACUUGCUCAAGCCUUCCAAGAAACAGUCUCCCAGACAUGAAAACAUUUGCUCUCAUUCGAUCACAUGCAGUGAAAUUGAAAACACUUAAUUAUUUCCCCAAGUCCCAAAGGAAACAUGACUUUCUUCUUAAUCAGCAUCAAAUAGAAGGGAAUUCUUCAAGACCCAACCAAUCUCCUCCAACGAGUGAUUUAGCUCCUGAGAACCAACAAGAGACAGAAGAGGAGAAUUAUUAUCUUAGCCCUCGAAGUGUUCUUGCCCAGUUGGACACUCUGAUUGCUUCAAAUGAAGGCAAAGAAUUUGCUGAAUCCGAAGAGCCAGACCAGGUCUCCAAGCCAACUGAUGAUCUCUACAUGUCAAUGAAAUCUUGCAGAACUAGCUGUACAUGGUCAUGCCAACUCAAGACGGUCAGAGUUUGUUUUAAACUAUUAUGCUUUAGUUUUGAUGAAGAGAAAUUCCAGCAACCUUCCAACAGCACAGAUGAAGCUCAGGCCUUCCCAGAGAACCAGGCUGAGGGGCUCAACCCGCAGGGACAAGAGCUGUGUCAUUCAUCCAGUAGCGAAGGACCAAAGACCAAGAACCAGAAAAUGGGAUUGGUUUCACUCUCCAUUGUGCAGCUAUCCAGAAUAAUCAAUAACAUACCUGCUGGAAGCCCCCUGGAAGAGGUGGAUGUAUUCCUUUCCAAGAAUGACAUCAGCAAAUACCUGACACUCACACAAGCUAUAGGUCAUAUAUGUGUGGCUCAGUGGGAAGGUCCCUCACACUUGGGAUGUAUAUUUCACCAUGGUGAUCGCUUAUCAGCUGUGAAUGACCUUAAACCACAUACCCUGGAGGAAGUAGGCUUAUUCCUGGACAGGUCCUUAAGGAAGGAGGUGAAAUUGACCAUUUGCCGGAUCCCUGAUUCAGAUAAAUUCCACACUGUGGCCUGUGCCUGCUCUUGAAAAACACCAUUUUGGUUAAGGUUGGAUGGUAACCAUUCCCACUACAGAUAUGCAGUGAAAGCUUAUGAACAAAGAGUUAUCAAUAUGAAUUUCAAAUGAGAAUGAAGGAGGAGCACUGAAUACUAACAUAUAAAAAGGAUGCUUCAAGUCGCUACUAAUAAGAGAAAAUGCUACCUCACACCCAGCAAACUAGAAAAAUGGUGGAAGAUGGAAAGAGUCAAUGUUGGAUGGGUUGUGAAUAAAAUGGGCACAAUCAUACAUUAUUGGUAGAGCUGUUCACUGGUCCAUUCUGGAAAGCAUUUUAGAAUUAUGUGGAGUGAUUAAAAAUAGCUGCUAGACAUAAACAGUAAGAUAAUCAAGAACAAAAAGAAAGUGCCUAGAUAUGCCUAAAUUAAUAGCAAUAUUUUUGUAUGUGGUAGCAAAAAAUUGGAAACAGUAGGUGCCCACUCAUCAGAGAAUGACUAAACAAAUUUUUGUAAGUGAAUGUGUGGAAUAUUAUUAGGGUAUAAGAAACAAUUAAUGCCAUGAAUACAAAGAAGCAUGGAGAAAUGUAUAAGAAUUGAUUCAAAGUGAAGUAAGCAGAACCAAGAAACCAUGUACACAGUGACUAUAACAUUGUAAAUGGAAAGAGUAAUAACAAUGACAAAAAAAUUGAAACAACACUCUCUAAUUAUAAUAACACCUUGGCUCCUUUGCUGAGACAGAGGACCAUACAUAUGGAACACUACAUAUAGAAGCAAUUUUUUGGUUGGUUUUAAUGAACUACUUUUCUUUAGCUUUAACAGAAAUUCAUUAUUAUAAGGGAUGGUUCUGUGGGAGGGAGCAAAGGGAAAGAUAUAGUGGGAAAUGUUGGGAAUGCAAAAACCAAAGACAUCAAUAAAUUUUUUUAAAAA